UAAUUGAAAAGUAUUUUACUUCGUUGCUUUCUUUGCCUGGUGUACUGAACCGUUGUUUGCGCAACCACAUCUUUCUUGGACUUCCUUUCCAUCAGCACAGAUCAUCUAGCCAGUGUGUGUGUGUGUGUGUGCGUGCUUGCGUGCGUGCGGGCGGGCGUGCGUGUGCGCGCGCGCACGAUCAAACAGGCUCUCGUGCGCACGAGCCGCACCUCAUGAACUUUACGCGAGCAUCUCCUUGAUUUCCAACUUGUUUUCGUCUGACAUCAGGGCACUUAACCCAGCAUGGCCUUUUUCAGGAUUUGGGACAUGAAACGUGAUUCAGAAAAGACCAAUGCGUAGCUCGUGCGGAUUACGCGGAGGGGAAUACAUCCACCUAGUGCAUCUGACCACUCGACUCGACUGCCUCAUGCACAUUUACUCACACUACACAAGCAAGAAAGAAAUCGGGAAGAUGCUGUGGAGCGACACACGCUUCGAUCAGGAAGCAGACGCACAUGAAGCGGAGAUGAACCUGCGACUUGCAUGGAUACGAUGAUUGACGUUCAACUCGGGAAAGUUUCUAAGGAAGACAUUACCAAAUUGUAAAGAAUAAUAAUAAUAAUAAUCAUAAUUUUUUAAAAAAGUAUUAUGCAUAUCUUGAAUCCUUCGUUCGUGUGGAUGUCCUUGGCAUGAAGUGUUCAGGUGUCCUCUGGUUCCUGUAACGUUACUCCACCAGGCGCAUCGCCAUCAGUUCUAUGCGCCCUCCGCCUGCUCACACGCCGAUCUGUUUACCAGCUGAGCGAAGGAGGGAUGCAUAGUCGAGACAGAACCCCUUUCAGAUCAAGGCUUCGGCCAUUUCUGUUAGGCCACUGCUUUUUCUCGUCGUUUCUUCUUUUAUGCCAGGCUGAGCUUCAGAGGUCAUGCUCACAGCUUGGCUCUCAGAGACGAGGUGAACACUGCCAGUCGCUGUGCCACUGCAGAUACUACCCACCUCUACCUCCUCCACCUCCACCUCCACCCCCUCCUCGGCUACUCAUCCCCACAGUGGCUGAGCCUCCAGUUCCUCUGCUAAGGCCAUGGUGGAUGGACUUCAUUGUGGUUGUGACAGUAGGAUGCACUUCGGCUUUCUUUCUACUCUUAAUUCUUCUCAUCUGCUACAAGGCCAUUAAACGGAAACCUCUUAAAAAAGAGGAAAAUGGCACCAGUCGUGGAGAAUAUGCCAUGAGCUGCCGCAAGAAAAAGACCACUAAUAAUGUUGUAGUGUAAAACAGACACACAGUAAGAGCUAAUGAUGUCUCUGGAUUACUGCAUCCUCAGCAUUUACUGACCCAAUGUGCAGCAGAAGUGCUAACCCAAAUGUCCGUCCGAUGUCAAAGCAGAAAAUGGAGAACAAGAACAAGGUUAAGUUAUUGGAAGACUGUAACAGUACUGCACUGCACUCUCAGAGAUCCACUCCCAUACACAAAUAGCAAACUGUGGCAUAGAGACAAUGACGUAUAUUUGCAUGAUUUGUUUAAAAAAAGAAAAUUCAAUGCCAAUAUAUUAAUAUAUAAUACCAGAUGCUUUAUUUUACAUUUGAUGCACUGGCCUUG